AGGCGGCCAGGUGGCUCGCGAGCACCACAUCAGGGUGCUGAUCGGACUACCCGUUGUGGCUUGCUUGACAACCCGGAUUCAUCCUCUAAUAUUGCGACAAAAGACGAUGACUAGACGCUGCCUCAUCACCUUGCUCACUCGUGCCUCCCCACACUUGAGCAUGUUGUGGUUAAUCUUUGCUCGCCCAAGCUACCACAUCCCCAAACCCUCUCAAAGCCCAAGCGACCAUGCUCACCCCGGCGCUCACCGUUCAUGUGUGGGCAAGUAGUAAGUAGUAUAUUUCUUCAGCCGCAUUUGAACGAACACCUAGACUGCAACCAAUGAACACCACUCAAGCCGACAACAAAAUCAUCCAUGUCCAUAUCUCAACUGAAAUUUGGGCAUCAAAAUCUUAAUAGCAACUCCAUCCACCCGGUGAAUCUCCGAUUCCAAAGUUCACACAUCAAAUUCAAACUUGCAACCACUCGCUUGCACAGUUCCACUUCGGCAUCUCUAACCCAACCUUUAGUUCCAGAAGACAAAAUUAGGGCUACAAAGCAUAAUCUAUCACCAAAUAUUAAUAGAUUGUUUGAUUUCCUACCUGGAAGAAGUUGGUGGGACUUAGGGGAAGAAGAUGAAGCUGAUAUGGUUAAAACAGACAAUCCGGUUACUGUUUGGUAUGUUCUCCAACGAAUUUGGAGACUGGUGGCUGAUGAUAAACUGGUUAUAUACAUUGGAUUGUGUUCUUUAACUGUUGCAGCGGUUUCAGAGAUAUGUAUACCAAAUUUGUUGGCGGCUUCUGUAUUCGCGGCACAAAAUGGGGAGUCGUUGGUGUUGUACAAAAAUUUAAAGAUCUUGACGUUUCUAUGUUUUGCUUCAGGAAUAUGCAGUGGAUUGCGAAGUGGUUGUUUUGGAAUUGCAAACAUGGUUCUGCUCAAGCGUCUAAGGAAAACUUUAUACACAAAUAUAUUAUUACAGGAUGUAUCCUUCUUUGAUAGAGAACCGGUUGGAAAUUUGACCAGCAGGCUGGGGGCAGAUUGUCAAAAAUUGUCACAUAUAAUUUCAAACAAUUUACAUUUGAUAGUACGGAACACUCUUCAGGGAACAGGAGCACUAAUUAAUCUGCUGACAUUAAGUUGGCCUCUUGCGUUGUCAUCUUGCUUUAUAUGCAUUCUUCUGUGUAUGAUCUUUCUGGUUUAUGGGUGGUACCAGAAGAAAGCAGCAAAGCUUAUUCAAGAUUCAACUGCUCAUGCCAAUGAAGUUUCUCAAGAGGCUCUUUCUUUGGUUAGAACGAUCCGGGUUAAGGGAACGGAAACAAAAGAACAUGAAAGAUAUAAGCGAUGGCUGGACAAACUGGCUUUUGUAAGUACAAGAGAAAGUGUUGCGUACGGGCUAUGGAAUUUUAGUUUCAGCACUCUCUACCGUUUAACGCAGGUGUUAGCUAUUAUAUUGGGAGGAAUGUCCAUCUUGGCUGGUCAUGCGUCCGCUGAGCAACUUACCAAGUAUGUAUUGUACUGUGAGUGGUUAAUAUAUGCAGCAUGGAGAUUGGCAGACAAUUUUUCAUCAUUACUUCAGUGUGUUGGAGCAAGUGAAAAGGUCUUUCAGCUAAUUGAUGUCUUGCCUAGCCAUCAAUUUUCAGCAAAAGGAGUGAAGUUGCAGAAGCUAAGGGCGCAAUUCGAGUUCAUAAAUGUGUCAUUUCACUACCCUUCACGAACAAAGACGCCCGCUCUAGACCAAGUCAACAUCUCUAUACAACCAAAUGAAGUGCUGGCAGUUGUUGGUCUAAGUGGUAGUGGGAAAAGCACGUUAGUUCAUCUCUUACUUGGUCUGUAUGAGCCAACACAGGGGCAGAUACUAAUUGAUGGUCAUCCACUCAAGGACUUGGACAUGAGAUGGUUGAGAGAGAAUAUCGGAUAUGUUGGACAGGAACCACAUCUAUUUAGGAUGGACAUAAAGUCAAACAUAAGUUAUGGAUGUUCAAGGAAGUUGAAGCAAGAAGAUGUGGAACGGGCUGCAAAACAAGCUCGUGCUCAUGAAUUCAUUUGCUCUCUUCCUGAUGCAUAUGAAACCCUUGUUGAUGACGAGCUUCUAAGUGGUGGCCAGAAGCAAAGAAUCGCAAUUGCUAGGGCCAUUGUUAGGGAUCCUGUUAUUUUGAUCCUUGAUGAACCCACUAGUGCUCUGGAUGCUGAAACAGAAUACUACAUUCAGGAAUUGAUGAUGAGAUUAAAGAAUGAGGAGAAGGCGAUCCUUUUUAUAGCACACAGGCUAUCAACAGCAAGAGCUGCAGACAGAAUCGUGGUCAUGGAUCAAGGCCGAGUUGCGGAGAUGGGUGAUCACGAGACGCUUUUGAGUCAAAACGGUUUAUACGCGCGAUUACAUCGCCUUCAAAACAACAACUGCCUUUAGAUCCGCCGUAUGAUUGAAUCCAGAACAGCUUCAAACAUGAUCGUCUUCAUUUGGAUAUGGAUUGGCAGAUCCAGAUCGGAUUUGCUCCUUGGCAUCAUCUUCUACGUGGAUGCCUUUGUUUUGGAAUAUGGUUUCAUCAACGUGGACUUUAGCUUUGAGCUCUUGCCAUGGAAGGUCUUUGGGAUAGCUGCUGUCUGUCUUCCAUUGUUUACUCUGGAUAGGGUUUUCCACCGAGGCUUGACUUGUCUUCGCCGGUAGUUAAAUUUGGGUUUCUUCCUUCCUGUUGAAACGUGCCACAAUUUUGGAGGCGUGUUUUCCUUACAUGAAGCCACGCCAUCUUGUACAUACAUUCGGUGUAAUCAAUCUUAUUCAAAUAUAUUAUACCAUAUUUUUUUUAAUAUAUUAAUUGUAGAGGUAUGGUAUUGGACCCGACCCGAGCGGUCAGACUUUCCCGUUA